GCGGCGGCUGCGGCAGCAACGCAGCGUACGGCGGCUCAGAGGUGGUGGCAUAGAGCCUGUUGCUCCUUCGCCGUAGCAGCGUACGUAAGCGGUUUCAGUGUAACGGCGGCUUUCUGUGACAAUGGACACGCCGAAGCCGUCCUAGUCCCGCCCAGCAGUGUGUGGCUUAUAGACCUCAUCGUUCGUGUGUUCACGUGUAGUGUGCAUUCGUGUGUGUGCGCGCGAGUACGUCGUCGUCGUCGUCGUUGCGUACGUGUGUGUGAGAGCGUGAGCGUGUGCUUGCGCGUGUGUGAGUACACCGCAGCGGCCAUCUGUGCCGUCGUCGCGUUUCGCGUGUGUGCAACGGGCAAGAAAGAGACGAGCACAGGGUGUGCGAGAGAGACCGAAGAAAAAAAAAAGAAAAAGCAAAAGGGUGUUCGAAGGAAUACCUACCGCCGUGCGCACCCCGUGACACUACUAUCGUCAUGCACCACUACCGGUCCAGAGAAGAGGAGACGUCCUGCGGCGCCGACCCUUAUUUCUAUCUAAGACUUUCGGCCGGUUCCGUGCCGUACAAUCCCAUCAAGCUCGAAGUAGACGUGAAACCCGAGUCAAGAAUUUCACCGGUUACUUGUCUGCAGCAGCAACAGCAGCAGCCGCACCAUCAGCUCCAUCAUCAACAGCACCAACACCAUCAGCAAAGUUCUCCGUCCGAUGCGGCAGUAAUGGAUAUCACCGGUAGUGGUGGCGGCAGUAUCGGUAUCGCGUGCAAAGACCAAGAAGAGAGUACCACCGGCAUCGGUCUGCUGGCUCUCACACAGCUCGAUGGUUACGGCGAAUACAAGUCUGCGUCGCCGUACGGAGACGGUACUGGCGUCAUUACGUCCGUCAACUUGCACGAUCGGGUCGGCGACGGUGGCAACGACAACGACGACGAUAAAGUGCAUAAAUAUUCGUUUGGCCGACUGAUUUACUCAUCGCCUGAUGAUAUCAAACAUCAGUAUGGUGGUGAGGAAUUUACACCAGAUCCAGCUAGAUUUGCUGCUCAAAAACCUGGUUCCUCUGUAUAUAAUGCUGAUCCCUAUUAUUUAGAUGGUACAGGAAAUAACAGUGAUGUUUGGACUACUAGUGCUACUGCUCAACUUCAGUCUCCUACGACCUAUACAACAUAUACCAAUCCACCUAACUCACUGCUAACCACAUCUCCCAACAUGACGCCAAACAAUUUUCCACCAACAAACACUAUGCUAACACCUGAAAAUUUGGGUUAUAAUACUAUUGGUCCAAAUGCUAGUAUACCUCCUAGUGGUGUUUCACCUGCUACAGAUGGCCUAGGCACUUCCCCUCUACCACCUAUGUCAAGCUUGCGUGGAGCUCCUCCUUCUGCUCCAAGUCCAAUUGCAGUUACCCCUAGCUCAAUGAUGUACCCAGGACAUAACAGUCCCACUAUUCAAUCUCCCGGGGAUACACUUGGCAAAGCAUUAGCAUCAAUAUAUCCCACUGACCAGAGUGUCAGCAGUUACAGUUCAAAUCCAUCUACACCUAUAAGUUCGCCACCACCUUUGGCACCUUUACCACCUACAAACAAUGCCGGAUCUUGGACCCCUGGCGUAGUACCACCCCAUCCUGGAUCUCCUCAUUUCCCUACUGACCAUCGCACUAUUCAUUUGGGUAGUCGCAUGGAAGAAAGACUGGAUGAUGCCAUAAAUGUUUUACGAAAUCAUGCUGAAAGUCAAGCUUUAAGUUUAGCUGGUGUUCAACAUUCCGCUUCAGGCAUUGUACCAUUAUAUCAUCAACAUAUAGGAAGUCCUCAUUCGGCUACUGCUACAGUUGGAGGUGUCCCAAAUACUUACCAAACACUUUCAACAUGUCAAGAUAGUGAUGGACCAAUUAAAAUUGAGAGACUAAGCAAUAUCAAAAAGCGGAAGGAACCUCCAGACAGUUCAGAUACGAAGCCAACUAGCAGUGAUCACUUGUUAGUAAAUAACAUCGUUAAUGCCAAUUCACCCCCAAAUGAUUCGUCUCUAAUUAAAAAUUCAAAACGGUCCCGCCGAUAUUGUUCUAGUGCUGAUGAAGAUGGAGAAGAUCCAUCUACAAAAGCGCACAGAGAAAAAGAAAGGAGACAAGCCAAUAAUGUUCGCGAAAGUGUGGACGACGAAAGCGAAGAUCCUGAAUUAAAAGCUCAGCGGGAAAAGGAGCGUCGCCAAGCAAAUAACGCUCGUGAAAGAAUUCGAAUUCGUGACAUUAAUGAAGCAUUAAAAGAACUUGGUAGGAUGUGUAUGACACACCUAAAGACCGACAAACCUCAAACUAAAUUGGGUAUUCUCAAUAUGGCUGUUGAAGUCAUUAUGUCAUUGGAACAACAAGUUAGAGAGAGAAACCUUAAUCCUAAAGCAGCAUGUCUUAAGAGGAGAGAAGAAGAAAAAGCAGAAGAUAAUGUUGGCCCUAAAUUGGGUCAUCAUUUAUCGGUUGCGCAACAUAUGGUUGUUCAAGCUCCACAUUUUCCACCCAUGACUCUGCCAAGUAAUCAAGCAGGCCUGCCCCAUAAUGGACCCCAGUAGCAAUGGAGUACACCAUCACUACAAUAGUAUACUCCUAAUUGAUCUGGAGGUAAUGGCAUUAAUUUGCUCUUACAUAAAAUCUCCAUUCAAAUAUUGCCAAGUAAAUUAUAUUAGUGAUAUUUUUUAUUCAUAUGAAUUUGUUGUUUUUUUUUUUUUUUAUAUACUUACAACAUAAAUAACUUUUUUUUUUGUCCUAUGUGAUUAAUACAAGUUAAGCACGACAUUUUGAUUUACAUUUAGAUUUAUCAUAAAUGCAAGACUGAAUUCAGAUUAUUGUUCAGUGUAUAUUAAUGCAUUACAAAAAUCUCAAUAUUUCAUAAGAAUAAAACAAUGACCACUUAUAAUCAAUCACUUAUUUCAUCCUGAAUUCAGUCUAAAUAUUAUAUUUAUUUU